CUUCCCCCCAGAGGCAACAGGAGCAGCAGGAGCAGCUGGGCUCCCAGAAGGAGCCUCCCAGGAGAUGGAGAAGCUGGAUACGAAUGUCUCAGAGGAACAGGGAUUCUGCCAGCUCUCGGAGGACUACAAGCAAAUCUACCUCCCCCUGACCUACAGCAUCAUCUUCCUGCUAGGGCUGCCCCUGAACGGCAGCGUCCUGUGGCUCUCCUGGCGCCAAACCAAGCGCUGGAGCUGUGCCACCAUCUACCUGGUGAACCUGAUGGUGGCCGACCUGCUGUACGUGCUGACUCUGCCCUUCCUCAUCAUUGCCUACUCCCUGGGCGACUGGUGGCCCUUUGGGGAACUGCUCUGCAGGCUGGUGCGCUUCCUGUUCUACACCAACCUCUACGGCAGCAUCCUGCUGCUGACCUGCAUCUCUGUGCACCGCUUCCUGGGCGUGUGCCACCCCCUGAGGUCGCUGCCUUACCGGACCCGCCGGCACGCCCUGCUGGGUGUAGCUGCCACCUGGGCCCUGGUGGUCCUCCAGCUGCUGCCCACGCUGGGCUUCUCCCACACGGCCUACAUCGGCGGCCAGAUGGUCUGCUACGACAUGACCAGUCCGGAGAACUUCGAUCGGUUUUUUGCCUACAGUAUGGUUCUGACGUUGUCCGGCUUUGUCAUGCCCUCCUUGGUCAUCUUGGUGUGCUACUCGCUGAUGGUCCGGAGCCUGGCCACGCCAGAGGAGACCCUCGAGAGGACGGGGAACACCACCCGGGCCAAGUCCAUCCGGACCAUCCUGUUGGUGUGCAGCCUCUUCGCCCUCUGCUUUGUGCCCUUCCACGUCUCUCGCUCCUUCUACAUCACACUCCGCUUCCUGGCUUCCCAGGACUGCCAGCUCCUGACGGUGGGCAGCGUGGCCUACAAGGUGUGGAGGCCUCUGGUGAGCAUGAGCAGCUGCCUUAACCCGGUCCUGUACUUUCUGUCGGUUGGGAACAACAGAGUCAGGCUCUUCCAAAAACUGAGGCAUGAAAAGGCAGACGAGCACCCAGCUGGAGGCAAGGGAGAGAGACCCCAGGGUGGGCAGAUCUGGGUAGUGCCGAGAUGA